AUGCAGACCAUAUCAGGUUCCUUUUCAGCCGCUUUCAUAGUUCCAACACGUCAUCUGAAGGGUCAACAGCGCGAUGCAUUUUGGGAUUUCUUCCAUCCGUCCUCAGCGGUGGCCGUCACGAAGACGAGCCAGUUCCGAAGGACCUUCGACGAUCCCGGUGUCAGUGUCCUCAUGAUCACGGCUCAGAUCCUGGUCAAUGCCCUCCGUGACGGCAAGUUCAGGUUCCAGGAGGUGUCAAUGCUGGUGUUCGACGAGUGUCACCAUACGACCCUGAACCACCCUUAUAAUGAGAUCAUGAAGAUGUACAUGCAGGAAAAGAAACGAUUAAUUGACGUUCAAAGGAAGACCAAAGGAGCGUGGUUGGUUGGUCUGCCCUUUGCAGGCCUGCCCCAAAUUGUUGGUUUGACGGCGUCUCUUGGGACUGGUGGGUCACGUGAUGCAGUUCAACACAUCGUCAAUCUGUCCGCCAAUCUGGACUGCACUGGUGUCAUCACGGUUACAGAGCCUUCAAACCUUAAAGAACUGGAGGGGAUUAACAGGCCACCCGAGCUGGAUAAAAUAAUAUCCACUUCUCCCAGGGCGCCCUCGGAAGUAAGCAUUUGCGUAGAGAAGACACUGCAAGGUCUCAUGAGGGCUUUGGAAAAUCGCUUCUUGAUAGGAAAGUCGACCGGUGGUUCCCUCCGACCGUAUGGAUCAAUCGCAUAUGAAACAUGGAUAGGACCAAUAGCAUCCCAAGCAGAAAAUGAGAACAGAUCACUCUAUCCAGCCGCUUCAUACCUUCUAAAACUGAACACGGCCCUGCUCACCUACCACGAUCUACCGGCCAGGUACGUUCUCCAUGCAUUCGAAACAUUCAAGGUACAGAAUAGGGCCGAGUUUGACCUGACCAGGACGGGGAAAGAAUGCAGAGAGAUGUACGAAUUUCGUGUGGCCGAGCUGAAGCAGCUGGUACCCCAGGAAGAUCCUCUGGACACCCCCAAACUCAAAGAACUUGUUAACAAGCUGGAGCGUGUGUUCACGGCAAUACCAAAUUCGAGAGGUAUUGUUCUUGCUCGGACACGGUUCGCUACCCUAGCCCUCUUAGACUUCAUCAGCUAUCACUUCUCGUCAUCGAGAUCGGUGAAGAUCCGACCAACUCGAAUCGUCGGUCAGGGCAAAGAGACGGAAGAUGCCCAAUCCGCUGCCAGGCAAGAGGAUGCGCUCCAUCAAUUCAAAACAGGCGAGGCCAAUCUCCUAAUCGCUACCGAUAUCGUCCAAGAAGGUCUCGAUGUACCCGCUUGUAAUUUCAUCAUCCGGUAUAACUUCGUCAGCAACGAGAUCGGGACAGUUCAGUCGAAGGGACGAGCUCGGGCUAAAAAUUCGCAGUGUUUCCUGCUAGUAGAAAAAGAUUCCAUAAAUGAGAAAAGAGAACAUGAGAACAGACAGCGAGUAAGAGAUAUGGAUGAAGCCAUUAAGAGGAUCAAUGCAAUGGAUAAAGAAGUAUGGCUUGCUCGAGUUGGAGAAAAACAACUUGCUAUCCUUGCUGAAAAGAAACUAAGCCCCAGGACUUCUACAGUCCCAUCACCAUCGCCUUCAGCUCGUCGAUCCGCUACCUCAUCAAAUCAUCAGUCCCGCUUUCUAUGCAAGCACUGUCGGACGUUCACCCGAUUGGACUUGGACGAGGUGGAAGAGGGCGGUGAGGCGCCGAAUCAUGUCCAACGGGCAGCAAGAAACAUGCUUUCUGAUAGGGCGAGGAUUCAAGCCCUGAAGUCUCUUUCAAGGAUGUCUGCAGACAAGAGACAUAGACCAGAUUCCUGUCACAACUGUGGGAAACCAAUCACCAGCUGAUGAUCCUCGAUCGAGUGUCAUUUAAUCUUGUUAUAAACUACUGUUGAAAGCUACUGAGCUGUUAAUUAAUUAUCCAAUGAUAACAUUUGGUGUAGAGAUAUAGCAUUUGUUGAUUAAAAUGAGUUUUAAAAGGGGCAAAGGGCCCUGUUUCCUGAAUGCAAUAGGAAAUGAUUGUUAAAAAAAAUAAUUGAAUAUGAUUAAUAUCCUGAAUAGGGUAUUAAAUUGAAGCAAAAUUAGAUGAAUGAUAAUGAAACUUCUUGACGGUUUUGAUCAUUUUCGGUCUGUACAAUAUGCUGAAAAAGUUAAAGUGUCUAUCUCAUGUAUGUAAGCUCAUGGUUUUUUAAACACGACCGAACUCAUACCAAGACUCACAAAAUAGGCCUGCAUUCUCUUGCGCUAAAACUUUCAUGAUGUAGACAAUGGUACAUCUUACAUUAUACAACGCCAGCUACUAUAUAGCUAUUUCAUUAGUAAGAGGCUACACAAUGUAAAUAACACAUUUUCAGAAUUAUUAUGGUGCCGAUUUUUAUAUUCAAAUCGGUUGAUAUAAAACUACUAACUUCUUCUACAUCCUUUUUUAAGGCUUUAUUUCGAAACAGCAAUUGUUGUGUCUGAGCAAAAUUAAUGAUUACAUUCGGCUAAAAUAUUGUACAUUUCCUGAUUUCCAAUCCAAUAAUGGUGUUUAUUUUUGAGCCGGUAAUAUUGUGAUCUCUAUCAUUUUUGUAAAAUCAGAAUAGGUUUUGGAGCUAGAAACACAAUCAAAAUUGUGCUUCCACCACCAACACUUACACUAACACCAACACCGGACUUGAAAUUAACCGUUGACCGACAUCGAUUACUGUUUUUAUUUAUCAUGUUAAUGCUUGUAGGAGUGCACUGCUAUAUACAAAGUAUAACGUUCAAUAGUACUUCUAUUUUGAAUGGUGGCUAUAUACAAGAGGUUUUUCAUACGUGGUAUGGUUGUUAUUUCGUGCUUUCAUUUAGGACUUUAUAUUUAUCAAUAAUCAUCCAAUUGUAGUUUUUCGUACAUAAAACAAUUUAUUGCAUAUAUAAAUGAAGGUUCUGCGUUGGUGGUUGUAUAAAACAAAAAUACUAGGUGAAUGAAACAACCGUAGAGAGACAAAUGUUAAUCAAAUUUUCGCCCAUAGGGCUUCAUCAGAAAAGGUUGAAUUUAUUAAGUCAACAAGCAAGAAUAAUGCUUGUCGUUGUUCAAAUGCCAAUUUUGCUUUUAUAUUGAAGACCUCUUUUCGGCCAAUUAUUUUUAUUGUAAGGAUUUAUGACCUCUUUUCAUGUGUUACUUUCGCCUCCCCCGCUUGAACCAGUAUAUGCCUCGACUGCAUAUCCAUUAGGGGUGCGGGUCCGUGCGGGUGUCAUAUUUCUCUACAACCAACAGAUCUAGACACUCUUUAUUUCACUCAAAUUUAUCAACUCAGAUGUGUUAACUCGAGAGGCAAAAUUGUAUUCAUUGUAUUUUAUUGUGUUUUUUUUUUGUGUGAAUCUGUGUAUGUCAUUUUCAAGGAACAAUUACAUGUAUCUUUGAAAGUAAACUCCAUGACGUCUAAAGUCGCUACACUGCAAAAACUCUGGUGUUGAUUUAACACCAGCCCGGAAUCUAUAUAUGUCCACACAGGAGAAGUGUUAAACAACACCAGUUUCCCUUUGGUCUAACACCAGAUAGGUGUUUAUACAACACCAAUUAGUAUUAAAACAGCAUCGGUUUGAUUCCAAACUGGUGUUGUUUCAAUACUUCUCUGGUGUGGACAUAUACAUGUAUAGAUUCCGAGCUGGUAUUAAAUCAACACCGGAGUUUUUGCAGUGUAUAGGCUACCUAUUGCUUAGCUGUCUCCAAUCAAUAAAGUAAUCCCAAUGACCUUAUGUAGGCCUACAUUACCAAAGACGGGAAAUGAAAAUACAGUAGACAUCUAUAUAUAGAUAAUUUAUUACAUUAACUUAUUGAUUUAAUCUACACACAUUGAUUAAUAUUAUUUUGUAUCAGGGUAAUUAGGACAUAAUUAUUUAUGAGAGUAAUUUAUUAUUAUUGUUAUAAUAUAAUUUAUCGAGAGCGUACUAGCGUUUGUCAAAUUGAUUGUAAUUGUAGUAAUUUAUUAUUAUUGUUAUAAUAUAAUUUAUCGAGAGCGUACUAGCGUUUGUCAAAUUGAUUGUAAUUGUAAUUCUGUCGGGAAUGUUCUUUACGUGUAGAUAUGAGAUUGUUGGUUUGAUUAAAAAUGUUAUUUAAAUUGGAAUUGUUCUUCAAGAGUAUGAGAUUUAUCAUCUCAUUUUAUUUCAUAUCGUUUUCAAAUGAUGUCACACUUUCGAUGAAAUGAAAUGUGAAAAAUAUACAAUCAUCAUCUGAA